AACAUCACACUUUUGUUCCAAUUUUUUUCAAACAGCACACUACUGACCGCCCCCCCCCCCCCUUAUCAAACCCCUAACGGGCAUCUCAAAUCUCUCUUCGCAGUUAACUCAUUCAUCCUCUCAAUCCCCCGAACUGACUUCAUUUGAAUCUCUGAUUCGAAAUUUGUAUCCAAAAUCCUUAUUAUAUUCACUAGGGUUGGCAUUGAGCGGCAAUGGAGACUUCCGAGGGCAAGGACACAUCACAAUGCGUGAGAGUUGCCGUGAACAUCAGACCUCUGGUUACUUCUGAGCUUCUAAUUGGAUGCACUGAUUGUGUUACAGUUAUCCCUGGUGAAUCACAGGUGCAAAUUGGAUCACAUGCCUUCACAUUUGAUUAUGUAUUCGGGAGUGGGGGCUAUCCAUCUUCACGUAUAUACGAUGAGUGCGUUUUGCCACUUGUCGAUGCUUUGUUCCAAGGCUUUAAUGGAACUGUGCUAGCUUACGGUCAGACGGGUUCCGGCAAAACAUAUACAAUGGGAACAAACUUUAAUGGUGAAGAGAAGACCGUCGGAGUAAUACCAAACGUCAUGAAUACUAUAUUCUCAAAAGUAGAGGUGAUGAAGGAGUCCACAGAAUUACUGAUCAGAGUAUCCUUCAUUGAGAUUUUUAAAGAGGAGGUGUUUGAUUUACUGGAUGGGCCGGCUAGGGUUCCCAUUCAAAUACGGGAGACUGUUCAUGGAGGAAUUACGUUGGCUGGUGUGACGGAGGCAGUAGUUAGGACGAAAGAAGAGAUGGCAUCCUUCCUGUUGCGAGGAUCUGUGUCUCGUGCCACUGGAAGCACCAAGAUGAACAGUCAGUCAAGUCGAUCUCAUGCCAUAUUUACAAUUACAUUGGAACAAAAGAGAAUGGCUAAUUGCUCGACGAACGAUGAUGGUGAUGACAUAUUAUGUGCCAAGCUUCAUUUGGUUGACCUUGCUGGUUCAGAGCGAGCAAAGCGAACUGGAGCUGAUGAGAUGCGUUUACGAGAGGGUAUUCAUAUCAACAGGGGAUUGCUUGCUCUUGGCAAUGUAAUAAGUGCCCUUGGUGAUGAAAAGAAGCGGAAAGAAGGUGCACACAUCCCAUACAGAGAUAGCAAGUUGACACGUCUCUUACAGGACUCACUUGGAGGAAACAGCAAGACAGUUAUGAUUGCUUGUGUCAGUCCUGCUGACACCAAUGCAGAGGAGACCCUUAAUACUUUGAAGUAUGCAAAUCGUGCUCGCAACAUUCAGAACAAAGCUAUCGUCAACCGUGACCCAAUGGCAGCCCAAAUGCAAAGAAUGAGGAGUCAAAUUGAACAGUUGCAAGCUGAGCUUCUUUAUGUACGUGGAGACUCUGGUGCACCUCUUGAAGAACUCCAGAUUCUCAAGGACAAGAUUUCUUUGCUUGAAGCAAGCAAUGUACAGCUACGGAAGGAGCUUAAAGAACGCCGCGUUAGCUGCGAACAUUUAGCAAAAUGUGCCGUUGAUGCACAGGUAGAAAGGGAUAGACUAAUUUUGAAGAUUGAAUCUGCAAAAAAUGGUCGACCUUGGAAUGAGAUAGACCAUUCUGAUCAGGAUUUGGACUUGGUCAAAAAAUAUGUGACCAAAAUUCAACAACUAGAGGCAGAGUUGCUUCACUUACAAAGCUCCAGUAGUUCAAAGCAUGGUGAACCUGUUGACUAUCUUGGAUUGGACUAUGCUGAGCUUCUAUCAAAGGAUUCAUGUUCGGAGGAUUCUGACAUCAAAAGUGUAGAUACAAGUGGUGAGGCUGAAGUCGAGGAGAAAGAGCUUGAACAUUCUUCUCUUCAAGAAAAAUUGGAUAUGGAGCUCAAGGAGUUGGACAAAAAACUUGAACAGAAGGAGGCUGAAAUGAAGAGGUUCACAGCAGUUGAUACCUCAGUUCUUAAGGAACACUAUGAAAAGAAAGUCCAUGAGUUGGAAAAAGAAAAGAGCGCUCUGCGGAAAGAAAUUGAAGCUCUUCAGCGCAACCUUUCUAACAUUUCAUCAAAUUCUGAUGAAAGUGCUCAAAAGCUGAAGCAAGACUAUCUUCAGAAAUUAAAUCUUCUAGAAGCACAGGUUGCUGAGUUGAAGAAGAAGCAGGAUGCUCAAUCACAGCUUUUGAGGCAAAAACAGAAGAGUGAUGAUGCAGCAAAACGUCUUCAGGAUGAAAUCCACAGAAUUAAGUCACAAAAGGUUCAAUUACAACAAAAGAUAAAACAAGAAUCUGAGCAGUUCAGGCUGUGGAAAGCAUCAAGGGAAAAGGAGGUUCUUCAGCUUAAGAAAGAGGGAAGAAGGAAUGAAUAUGAGAUGCAUAAGCUCAUGGCACUGAACCAGAGGCAAAAGAUGGUGUUGCAGCGGAAAACUGAAGAAGCUGCAAUGGCCAGUAAACGACUUAAGGAGUUGCUAGAGUCUCGAAAAACAUCACGUGAGAUGGCAGGUCAAGCUGCUAGUGCCGCAGGAUUCCAGGCAUUGAUGCAAGCAAUUGAACAUGAACUUGAAGUUACUGUAUGGGUGCAUGAAGUGCGAUCAAAAUAUGAGCGUCAAAUGCAAGAGAGAGCAAGAAUGGCCAAUGAGGUUGCAGAGUUGAAGUUGCAAAACCUGAGUGAUUGCAUGUCUCCGAGUGUAAGAAGUUCCAGGAUAAGCGCACUUGAAAACAUGCUUGCCAUUUCAUCUAGCACACUUGUUUCCAUGGCAUCACAGUUGUCGGAAGCAGAAGAGCGUGAACAACGUACCUUUAGUGGUAGGGGAAGAUGGAACCAAGUUCGGUCUCUUGCUGAUGCAAAAAAUAUUAUGAACUUUUUAUUUAACCUCGCAUCAUCUUCUAGAUGCCAGCUAAGGGAUAAAGAAGUUGAAUGCAGAGAAAAGGAUGCUGAAAUCAUGGAGUCGAAGGAAAAAGUUGUAAAUUUGGUCAGACAGCUAGCGUCGCAAAAGAGUGAAAUGAGACAGCUAGAGUUGCAAAAUAGUGAACUGAUUAAGCAGGAGAAGUUGAUGAAAUUGGCUUUAGAACACCACAAGGGAAGGACAAACAACUCUGACUCUAAUGUGCAAAGUAACAUUGACGGGCACGAUUAUGACCUGAGACAAAAGGGAAACCGGAGUUCCUUACUGUACAGUGGGGGAUGGAACAAAAUUGAGCUAGAAGAUAUGGACACAUCUGAUUCAGAUUGUGACCAGGACAGAACUGACACUGAUUAUGGCACAAUAUGUUGUUCUUGCAGUAAAAAAUCUGAAUGCAAGACAUCUAGAUGUGAAUGCCAGGCUGUAGGUGUUUCCUGUGGGGUAUCAUGUGGUUGCCUCCCUAACAAAUGCAGCAAUAGAGCGGUAUCUUCUACCAAGGAAGACAACCAAUUGCCCUCAUUAGAUAUUGUAGGUGACGAGGGAAACACAUCGGGAACUGAUGAAGCUGAGAUGCGUCAAACACUAGCAUCUCAAGGCGCAAUGCUUCUUCAGAAUGCACUUUCUGAAAAGCCUAUGGAGUCAAAGGAUAAGGGUGAAACAAAAAGAAAGCCACUAUCUGAUAUUGGAAACUCCUUGGCGAAAUCAAAAGCACCAAAACCCGACAGGCGGAAGAAAUGGGGGAAAUCUGUUAUCCAACUUGUUCCUGCUGCUCCUACAACUCAAGCAAGUAAUGCAGAUGGCAGUGUUGAUGCAGCGGUGACAGAAAACAAGGUUAAUGAGAUUGAUAGUACUUCUCCAUUAAAACUACCAAGAGCCAUGCGUUCUGCGUUAACAAAUGGAAACAACACUUUGAGAGAAAGGAAUUCUGAGACUAGUGAUCCAGUUAUUGACCUGAUAACACCUCCAGCUUCUGCUAGAAGUCCUCACAGGCCGGCAAACACAUCGGAUGGAAAAGAAAAUUGAGUGAAUGAGUUGUGUAUUUGUUCGACUCUAAUUGUAUGUAUAGGUUGAUUACAUGACUUUUGAUCACGAUGUUCUGCCACUUGUUUUUUGUUUUUUUAAUGGCUAAUCUUUUCCUAACCUGAAAAAGAGGUGCCUCAAUUGAUUGGGAGGUCCUGGUCUUUGUAUUAGGUCACUGGAUGCUCUAAACUGAAGAGCAUCUCUGUAGUGAUUCUCCAAACUUAUUCCAAUAUUUAAGUGAAAUUGAUUUUUUUUUCA